AUGGACGACUACCUCUCCACACCGCAACCGCUGGCCGGCACACGCGGCUCUGACAAUAUGGCGCCCGUGUCCCCGGGAACAAGUAGCCGCACGGGCUCCACGCACGGAUUCCCAGCCCGUGGGUCCCCCAGGGAUGCCCUCAGACAGCUGUCCGCGGACCUGGCUGUGACAGCGGCGAAUAUGCUCACACGUGGAGACAAGACGGAACUCAUUGCAGAGCUCCGCACCGCCAUCCGGGAAGAAAUCACGGCCGUGAGACAUGAUCUUACAGUUCUGGAACAGAGAGUGGACGCAUUGGAAGUGCAUCAGCUACAAGCCACACAGCACCAACAGGCAUCAGAACUGGCAGCCACUAGGCAGGGUAACAUCAUACUAGACCUGAGACGCCAGGUGGAAGACCUGGAUAAUAGAGGCCGCCGUUCUAACAUACGUGUUAGAGGAAUACCGGAAUCUGACGAUGAAGCGCCACGGGAGCUGCUAGAGGGCCUGUUCGCCCAAAUUCUGGGUGACGAAGCCACGCCGGAUUUCGGCUUGGAAAGAGCCCACCGUGCACUCAGAGCCCCGCGCAAGGAUGGCCAGCCCAGAGACUUAAUCUGUUGCCUCCGGUCUUUCCAGCUAAAAGAGGCCUUAAUGAGAGCGGCACGGACACAGCGCUCUAUCAGAUACAUGGACUCACAAAUAGCGUUGUACCAAGACCUAUCCACCCACACCCUGGAUGCUCGACGAGCCCUGAAACCAAUCACCUCCGUAUUGCAGGAGAAGAGGAUCCCUUACAAAUGGGGACACCCGUUCAGCCUGCAAGCCAGAGUGGGGAAUCAAUGGCACAUCCUGAGGUGGCCGAAUGAAGUCACAUGCUUCCUGCGCUCCCUGGGCCUACCGGACAUACCCAUACAGAACUGGAUCUUGGAUUACCCGCCGGCCAGGCCUACUGGCCCGAUUGCACCGGUAGAUAUUCUUCGGGAGAGAGGCAUACCGGGGCCAGCUCAACGCAGGGGCGGCCCUGUGACUCCAGAGGAAUAA